GCUGCAUCCUUCACCCCCUCACCCUCACCACCCCCACCCUCCAAGCCAUGGGCUUCCUAUACAGCCAGUUUUUCAGGACGCCCAUCUAUCCCAAGGGCAACUUCAGCGGAAAGACUGUCAUCGUCACGGGCAGCAAUGUCGGCCUGGGAAAGGAAGCAGCGCGGCACUACGCCCGCAUGGGUGCCAGAAAGCUCAUUCUCGCCGUGCGCAGUGUCGACAAGGGCCAGGAGGCCAAGGAGGACAUUGUGCGUACGACGGGACACAAGGACACCCAAGUCUGGAAACUCGACAUGGGCGACUACACCAGCGUCAAGUCGUUCGCCAAGCGCGCCGAGGCCGAGCUCGAGCGUAUCGACAUCUUCAUUGCCAACGCCGGCGUGGUUCGCGCCGAGUACCAUCAAGUCAACGGGCACGAAGAAGGCAUAGCCGUCAACCACACGACCUUUCCCCAGCGCUCCGCCCCUGACGGUCAAAUCCUGGCUACGCUGUCUGAUCCAGAGACUUGCAAGAAGUACUGGUCACAGCAGUAUCCCGUGUCCAAGCUCAUCCAGCUGUUCAUCGUGCGCGCCGUUGCCGACCACCAUCCGGCCAGCGAAUUUCCCGUGACCAUCAACAUUGUCAACCCGGGCUUGUGCUGGUCCGAGCUGGCGCGUGAGGCCACAAGCUGGGGGUUUUGGUUCUUUAGGCUGAUCGUGGCACGCUCGACCGAGGUGGGCAGUAGGACACUGGUGCAUGCUGGUGCAUCGGGUAUGGACACGCACGGCAAGUAUCUGAGUGACUGCAUGAUCGAAGAGCCAAGUCCGCUCGUGACAGAUGCCGCGGGUAAGGAGGCGCAGGAGCGCAUCACGGCUGAAGUCCUCAAGGAGAUUGAGACGAUUCAGCCAGGUGUUUCCAAGAACUUCCAGACUGCUUGA